UGGAAUAAGUUGACUUGGAAAAAAUUGUGGGACAAAAGGUAAUUCGUGGUGAAUAUGGUACCCGAACAACAACAGAAGUGGCAUGAACAGAACGCGCAAAAUAAUACGUAAUCUAUGUCCUGUUGGUUGUGGUCACGAUUUAAGAUAUUAUACAGACUGUACCUAUAUCUUAAAUCUUGGUUGUGGUUCGUCCCCGGCGAAUGGUGAUACGCGCAAUUUAGUGUUAACUGUUAACUGUAAAGUGUAAACUGUUAUAACAUCUUAACUUUAUUAUUCUACAGUCUCUAUUAUAGACUUCUAGAGUUCCAUGACAAAAUAAAAAUAGCUAUCUGUGUGUCUUGGGCGUUGGGCCCGAGUAUUCUAUUGGCACAAUCAAAAUUGAUUAGUUAGGAAAGAUAAAUGAAUUAAUAGGCAAUUUACUGUUUUAUAAUAAUUUGAAAAACUGGAAAAACAUGGUUCACGUGUCCAAGGGAACAUUAAUUACAUGUGAUCAGUCAAUGAAACAGUUUUUAUUACAAUUGGAUCAAACUAAUGCCCUUGGGAAAAAAUUUAUUCUACAAGAAUUGGAUGAAGAACAUUUAUUUGUUUCAACUGAUGUAUUGGACACAUUAGAAGAUCGUGUUGAUGAAUUAAUGGACCAACUUACUUUCACUCAAAAUUAAAACUAUUAGUUUUUUAAUA